UGUAAUUUGUUUUGAUUUAAUUUUGACAAUCGUUUGUCAAUUGCGACAAGAUUCAAGUAUUCAAGUUUAAUUUAAAUAUAUUAUUUAAAAUACAUAUUUUAACACUGAAUGCAUUUAUAUUAUUAAAGAACUCAGGGCUUACAUUUAUAUAGGUAUAUAAUUUCUAUGUUAUAUUGCUACAGUCACGAUGUUGUCGAUUCAUCAGGUAAAUAAAUACUUUCGUAAUCCGCAUUAUGUAAAGCAAUAUUUACGUUUCGUUCACAAUGUUAAAGAUCCUCCUACAAAAAUCUUGUAUCCACUUCUCAAUAGAAGUUUACUUAAAAUUACUGGAAAUGAAGCUUCACUUUUCCUGCAAGGACUUAUAACAAAUGACAUGAGGCAUUUUGAAGAGAGUGCUAAAUCUGUAUACGCUAUGUUCUUGAAUAAUAAAGGUAGGGUUUUAUACGACACCCUUAUACAUAAAUGGGACGAUGAAAACUCUUUCAUGUUAGAAUGUGACGAAAAGAUUGCGCAAUUACUUGAGAAACAUUUAAAAAUGUUUAAAUUAAGGAGAAAAGUAUCCAUAGAAGAUGUAAAUAAGCAAUUCAAACUUUGGAGUGUAAUCACUCCAGCAGAUUCAAUGUUAAAUGAGAAAGUAGAUACAAAAAAUGAGGUGAACAUAUAUAAAGACCCAAGAUUGUCAGACUUGGGUUAUAGGAUAAUAGCAGCAGCAUCUUUGAGUGGCUCUCAGAUAGUUACAGGUAUAGGAAAUGAUGUAGCUAUUGAGCAAAGUGAUGAUGGCUAUAAAUAUUUAAGGUACAAGUUGGGAGUAAGCGAAGGUGCUGAUGAUUUGCCACCAGGCACAAGUUUUCCUUUAGAAGUUAACUGUGAUUACCUCCAUGGAGUGAGUUUCCAUAAGGGUUGUUACAUAGGGCAGGAGCUCACAGCCAGAGUACAUCACACAGGAGUUGUUCGUAAGCGAAUUAUGCCCAUUAAAUUCAAUAAAGUCAUUGAAGAAGACUUAGAAAAGGAUUUAAAAAUAAUAGCCUCUGAUAAUCCUAAAUUAAAUUUGGGUAAACUAAAGGGUGUCAAAAAAAAUUAUGGAUUAGGUCUUGUAAGAAUCAAGGAAGCACUUGAUUGCAAAGCUCUAAAUGUUGGUAAUUAUUCAGCAGAAGCUGUAAAACCGGAUUGGUGGCCAAAAGAAGCACCAAAGGAAGUCCCUAAAACUGAAUAGCAACAACAAGAACAAUAACUACAACAAGGACCUCAAGUGACAACAAAAGGAUAUUAAGCACAUAUAUUAAUGGAAAUAUUAAAAAAAGCAGAUGAUGCCCCAGUGCAUUAUGAUUUCACUUGUACUGGCUGUGGUCUCAAAGAAAAGGCACAUUACAAGGGGACUAACCCUCCAUUCUCUCGUAAUAUAGAAUUGAAAUAUAGC